AUGCACACUGGAGCAAGACGCAAGCGCCAAGACACCAGCUGCUCGAUGCCCACGACGAAGGCAUCAACGAAAGUAUUAUUCACACCCCGCAGAUCUCGUCGGCCGCACCGCAAGUCACGCCGCCGUGCUAAAGCUGAUGGAGAUGCGAAGAUAAGCGAGUCAAAAUUACCCAGUGGAGCUAUAGCUUUGACCGUUCCCGAAGCCAAUGACAUUAACCCGCAUGCAGAUGACCCGGAGCCGAAAAACUAUCAAAGGCGCGCAAGUGUGCUGAUAGUGCACCGCGGACGGCAGCUGAACAGGAAAAGCUCGCUUACUGCAAGCCGAAAGCACGUGAAAGCUCGUCAAAUUCAAGCCUGGUGCGGUUCGCUUGCAUAA